AUGCCUCUGUUGAACCAAAAACAGUUAAGUGAAGUUCAAACUAGCAUAUUAUUAGCUAGCUAGCUGGAAGUGCCAAGACACUUCCGUUGACAUUGCCUAUAAGUAGACAACCAGUUAACAGCUGAUAAUACCGGGUUUAUUCUUUUGACAAGGAGUCAGGUGACCCAAAAUCUGCAUGCAAUUGUUUUGGCUGAUCAUUUUGCUAAAUAAUAUAGCUAAAUUAGAAUUUACGGAGUAUUCACCUGCAGGAGAAGGAAUGCCUGUGAUCAGAAAGUCGCAUUUCAUGUCGUCAUAACUAUGUGACAUUUGUGUUCAGAGGAGUUCAGAGGUCACGUCGAUUGCCAACCAAUCCCAAGCGAGCUAGCGAUUGUUUCGACAUUUCAGAGAAGCUCUGAAACAUUGAUUAGCUUGUUUUCAUGUUAUUAGGAGUAAACAGAAGUUAAAAUGUCAAACGAUACGGUAGUACAUUGGAAGGAGCUUUUGAAAAGAAGAUUGGCAUCCUCCAAGAAAGGUUUUCUGCGUCGAUAGCUAGAUCUGUUGUGAUUAUUUAGAUAGCUAGUUAGCUAGCUAAUGUUAGUCAUAUUUAUGAAUAUCUAGUUAGCUACGUAUUUAUUUGUGUGUAAGAAAAACUAGAUAACUAGCCAUCCACCCACUUGGCAGUAUUUCAAUUAUUGAACAUUCACAAAGCCUUAUUGUGUCAACAUGUAUCCAUUUAUGUUCAGAUGAGAGGACUGAGGAGGAGAAGAAAGCAGAAGAGACAGAACUCUUCACUAAAUUCUACACAGAGUGGAGGGGAGGAGGCAACAGAGAGAACUACAGGAACAUUCCACGCUUCUACUACAGGGCAAUUGAACAUUCUGACUGAAUCUAACUAACAUUCUAGCUAACUAAUCAGAUCAGUUUCUUUCUUUGUUUGUUUUAACAUCUUUAUACCAACUGUGAUAUUCACAACGUGUGUCAAUUUAAAAAAAAACAUUUUAGUCAUUUAGCAGAUGCUCUUAUCAAGAGCGACUUCCAGUAUGAGUGCAUACAUUUCCAUACUUUUUUCCUGUGGGAAUCAAACCCACAACAUUGUCGUUGCAAGUGCCAUGCUCUACCAACUGAGCCAAACGGGACUGAAUAUCUUUUGUGAGGGGCUGAAAUGAUAAUGAUCUCUGAAGUCUUAUAUCUGUGUGAUCCCUAUAGCUGCCUGCAGAGGAUGAAGUUCUCCUGCAAAAGCUGCGAGAGGAGUCCAGAGCCGUCUUUCUGCAGAGGAAGAGCCGGGAGCUUCUGGACAAUGAGGAGUUACAGGUGAGACUGACAUCUGGCUCAAUCAAACAAAUAUUUAGUCAAAUAGAAAGAUUUACAAGCACUGGAAUCUUGUAAAAGUCCAUGGCACUAUUAAAGUAAUCAAACCUAAUUAUUUAACCUACACCUUCUUUCUGUUAUCUAGAACCUGUGGUUUCUGCUGGACAAACAUCAAGUGCCACCCAUGACAGGAGAGGAGGCGAUGAUAAGCUAUGACAGUUUUCUAAAGGUUGGAGAAAAAGCAGGAGUAAAGUGCAAGUGAGUACUCGGCAUAUUAGUGAUUUUGGAGCCACAAAGUGUGCUAAUCACAUGAGCAGAAUUACCACUGUUUACAUUUACAUUAUUCCAAAAGCAUUAUUUUAGCUGGUGUGAAAAUGCAACAUGAAUACCAUGAUGAGACAUACUGUAUGUGUAAACUAGGGGUGGAUUUAUUAGUCGCACAUCGUAGCAGAACGUUUUGCACUGUAGCAGAACGUUUUUCAUUCCCAACACUCUGCAAUGGGAUGUAAAAGCUGUUGAGUUCCAUUUCGUUCUUUAAGGGAAGUUUUAGUUCAUAUGCGUUUCUCUCUGCCGCCCUGCUUCAAAAUAAUGAAUUUCCAUUUAAAACUAAACAGAAUUCAACAGCUUUUACAUCAUGUUGCAGAGCAUAGUUCUCAUUUCAUUUGGCCCGUAAGUGAUUUUAUUUGCCCCCCAGCCCCCCCCAUCUAGUUGAUGAUCCCUGGUUUAGAGUAAAUGUUUCCGUUGCAAAAUGUUUUUCUGCAGUGUAAAACGUUUUGCAAUGGUGUGCAACUAAUGAAUACACCCCAGGACUAUGUGUGUCACAAGCAGAUGGAACACUAAGCUCAUUAACCAUUUUUGACAUUAUAUCUUGGAAUGGAAUGUGGAAUUAUUCUAACAGUUUUUUUGUCCCGCCUCUCGCUCCCAGGCAGUUCUUCACAGCCAGAGUAUAUGCCAAACUUCUCCACAGUGAUCCAUAUGGCAGGAUAUCAAUUAUGCAGUUCUUUAACUAUGUCAUGAGAAAAGGUCAGUUUCUUAUCCAUGUCUCCUAUCGUGUUGCAUCCAUAACUUGCAUCCAUAACUUAGGUCCAACAAAUUUGGCCAGCAACUUUUUCUGUCAGAGCGUCUGGAUUAUGGAACACCCUGCCAACCAGUGUAAGAGAGUGCAGUCAAUCAAUCAAUCAAAUGUAUUUAUAAAGCCCUUUUUACAUCAGCAGCUGUCACAAAGUGCUAUACAGAAACCCAGCCUAAAACCCCAAACAGCAAGCAAUACAGAUGUAGAAGCAUGGUGGCUAGGAAAAACUCCCUAGAAAGGCAGAAACCUAGAGGAACCAGGCUCUGAGAGGUGGCCAGGCCCCUUCUGGCUGUGCCGGGUGGAGAUUAUAACAGUACAUGGCCAUUAAGGCCAGAUUUUUCUCCAAGAUGUUCAAACGUUCAUAGAUGACCAGCAGGGUCAAAUAAUAGUGGUUGUAGAGGUUGCAACAGGUCAGUACAUCAGGAGUAAAUGUCACUUGGCUUUUCAUAGCCGGGCAUUUAGAGGUUGAAAUAGCAGGUGCGGUAGAGAGAGAGAGUUGAAAACAGCAGAUCUGGGACAAGGUAGCACAUCCAGUGAACAGGUCAGGGUUCCAUAGCCGCAGGCAGAAGAGUUGAAACUGGAGCAGCAGCACGACCAGGUGGACUAGGGACAGCAAGGAGUCAUCAGGCCAGGUAGUCCUGAGGCAUGGUUCUAGGGCUCAGGUCCUCCGGGAGGGGAGGGAGAGAGAGAGAAUUAGAGGGAGCAUACUUAAAUUCACACAGGACACCGGAUAAGACAGGAGAAUAACACCAGAUAUAACAGACUGACCCUAGCCCCCCGGCACAUAGACUAUUGCAGCAUAGAUACUGGAGACUGAGACAGGGGGGUUCGGGAGACAACUGUCCUUUUUCAGGUUUGCCUUGAUGCUGUCCGGGUGUAUCGACAGCAUCAAGGCAAACCUGAAAAAGGACAGCAUCAAGGCAAACCUGAAAAAGGACAGCAUCAAGGCAAACCUGAAAAAGGACAGCAUCAAGGCAAACCUGAAAAAGUGGCUAAAGGCAAACCAGUCAUGUGAACAUUAAGACAUUCCGACUCUUAAGAUGUCAGAUACCUUAGGACAAGGGACAUUUAAACAAAAUAUUAUCAUUAUAUUGUCUAUUGUUGUAUAUUGUAAAAUAAAAUAUUAUAUAGAUAUUUUAAUAGGGUGUUAUAUUGUAGAUAUGUAUUGAUGUUGAUUGUUUUCUGCCCAGGGACUACAGAAGAAAAUUAUCACAUAACAUUUGCUAUCUAACUAAGUCUGGUGUAAUGGCAUGUUGUACAUCAGGGAUGGGCAACUUUGAUGGGGUGGGGGCCACAAAAAAUCGGAACUCAUCAUGAGGGGCCGCAGUGGCUUGCGGGUCUGCGUACCCACAUCCAUACAUUUUGAGGGCCCUAAGUGAAAAUGAGUUGGGUUUGGUGAGAAAGUAAAGGUGUUAUUUUGUAACAGGGAUAGUUUCAUUGUACAGUUGAAGUCGGAAGUUUACAUACACUUAGGUUGGAGUCAUUAAAACUCGUUUUUCAACCACUCCACAAAUGUCUUGUUAACAAACAAGUCGGUUAGGACAUCUACUUUGUGCAUGUCACAAGUAAUUUUUCCAACAAUUGUUUACAGACAGAUUAUUUCACUUAUAAUUCACUGUUUCACAAUUCCAGUGGGUCAGAAGUUUACAUACACUAAGUUGACUGUGACUUUAAACAGCUUGGAAAUUUUCAGAAAAUGAUGUCAUGGCUUUAGUAGCUUCUGAUAGGCUAAUUGACAUCAUUUGAGUCAAUUGGAGGUAUACCUGUGGAUGUAUUUCAAGGCCUACCUUCAAACUCAGUGCCUCUUUGCUUGACAUCAUGGGAAAAUCAAAAGAAAUCAGCCAAGACCUCAGAAAAAAAAUGGUAGACCUCCACAAGUCUGGUUCAUCCUUGGGAGCAAUUUCCAAACGCCUGAAGGUACCACGUUCAUCUGUACAAACAAUAGUACGCAAGUAUAAUAAUAAUAAUAAUAUGCCAUUUAGCAGACGCUUUUAUCCAAAGCGACUUACAGUCAUGCGUGCAUACAUUUUUGUGUAUGGGUGGUCCCGGGGAUCGAACCCACUACCUUGGCGUUACAAGCGCCGUGCUCUACCAGCUGAGCUACAGAGGACCACACCAUGGGACCACGCAGCCGUCAUACCGCUCAGGAAGGAGACGCGUUCUGUCUCCUAGAGAUGAACGUACUUUGGUGCGAAAAGUGCAAAUCAAUCCCAGAACAACAGCAAAGGACCUUGUGAAGAUGCUGGAGGAAACAGGUACAAAUGUAUCUAUAUCCACAGUAAAAUGAGUCCUAUAUCGACAUAACCUGAAAGGCCGCUCAGCAAGGAAGAAGCCACUGCUCCAAAACCGCCAUAAAAAAGCCAGACUACGGUUUGCAACUGCACAUGGGGACAAAGAUCGUGCUUUUUGGAGAAAUGUCCUCUGGUCUGAUGAAACAAAAAUAGAACUGUUUGGCCAUAAUGACCAUCGUUAAGUUUGGAGGAAAAGGGGGGAGCUUGCAAGCCGAAGAACACCAUCCCAACCGUGAAGCACAGGGGUGGCAGCAUCAUGCUGUGGGGGUGCUUUGCUGCAGGAGGGACUGGUGCACUUCACAAAAUAGAUGGCAUCAUGAGGAAGGAAAAUGAUGUGGAUAUAUUGAAGCAACAUCUCAAGACAUCAGUCAGGAAGUUAAAGCUUGGUCGCAAAUUGGUCUUCCAAAUGGACAAUGACCCCAGCAUACUUCCAUAGUUGUGGCAAAAUGGCUUAAGGACAACAAAGUCAGGGUAUUGGAGUGGUCAUCACAAAGCCCUGACCUCAAUCCUAUAGAAAAUGUGUGGGCAGAACUGAAAAAGCGUGUGCGAGCAAAGAGGCCUACAAACCUGACUCAGUUACACCAGCUCUGUCAGGAGGAAUGGGCCAAAAUUCACCCAACUUAUUGUGGGAAGCUUGUGGAAGGCUAUCUGAAAUGUUUGACCCAAGUUAAACAAUUUAAAGGCAACACUACCAAAUACUAAUUGAGUGUAUGUAAACUUCUGACCCACUGGGAAUGUGAUGAAAGAAAUAAAAGCUGAAAUAAAUCAUUCUCUCUACUAUUAUUCUUACAUUUCAUAUUCUUAAAAUAAAGUGGUGAUCCUAACUGACCUAAGACAGGGAAUAUUUACUAGGAUUAAAUGUCAGAAAUUGUGAAAAACUGAGUUUAAAUGUAUUUGGCUAAGGUGUAUGUAAACUUCCGACUUCAACUGUAAGUGUAUGAUGGUGUUGGGUUUGGUGGGAAAGUGAAGGUGGUAUUUUGUAACAGUGUUUGAUAAGUGUCUUGAUAUUGAUAUUCAUGUCUCUUCUUCCAGUGUGGCUUCACCAGACAAGGAUAGGGCUGAGUCUCUAUGACGUGGCUGGACAGGGCUACCUCCGCGAGUCUGUAAGCGCUCUCACUACUUUACUUUUAGACUGAAAGCUUGUGUUGGUGGCUCCUUAGUGAAAUAUCACCCUUCCCUCCCUACCUUCUCAUGAUUCCUAUUGAGACCCAUUUGUGCUUUUCAGAGAUGUGUACUAUGACCAUGAUGCAGGAACCACCCUCCUGUGAAGCAUCUCUGCUUACAGGGUGUUGUUCUUCUCUGUGACAUGUUCUUCUCAUUGACCCUUCUACCUUUGAAUAAUCAUUCUGUAUUGCUGUAUUUUCCAGCAAAGCGACAAAUGUUAUGACUUUUGGGGUGUAAAUUGUCCAAGUUGCCCCAGAUUCACUAUAGGUUGAACAUCAGACUGUUUAGAAUUAAGGUUGGACUUACUGUUGAGAUGAUGUGUGUUUUGUAAUGUAAACAGAAAGGAAAACGCCGCACACUGCUGCUCAUGCUCCCAGGUGAUAUUUAUUUCUAACAACGUUUCGACCCUUAGGUCUUCAUCAGGCAUCCAUAUCCCAGGUGGGGGUGGAAGGUCCUAUAUAUAGGGGCAGUACUCAGUGACAUCACUUCCUGAAACAGGAGGUAAAAAAUGAAAAAACAUAGAUUCACAAUAUUAACAUUCAAUGUAUCAAAAUAUAUGAUCAUACACAAGGAAUGUGAUCAAUAUUUACAGUAAUAUACAUACAAUAUUCAAUUAGGAAAAAAACGAACACGAUUUGGACAUUUUGAAACUAUAAAAAUGGUUUCAAGUCAAACUCCACGUUAAGGCCAAGAGGAGACAGUGUGUUGAGCCUGUGGAUCCAGAAAGAUUCCCUUUGAAGAAGUUUCCUCUCAAUGUCCCCUCCCCUGCGUGACAUCUUGACCAUUUCUAUUCCAAUGUAUCUCAGAGAACUAAUAGGAUGUCCAGCUUGUAAAAUGAACAGCAACCAGAUUUCUUGUCUCACCUGUCCGUAUAUUGCUGCAGUGCUCACUGAUCUGUGUCUUAAGGCUUCUACGGGUUUUCCCUAUGUAAGACAGACCACAAGGACAUUUCAACAUGUAAAUAACAUUUGUGGACAUGCAGGUAAUCAGGCCUUUGAUCUUAAAUCUUUGUCCUGUGCAGGGGUGGUUAAAUGAGUUGCAUUUGUAUGUGAAGCUGCGUUGAGCACAUUGGCCACAUUUGUAAUUAUCCUCCAGAACCUUGUCCAAGAAAGUUUCCCUUUUCUCUGGUGGGUAAUCAGAUUUAACUACAAUGUCUCAUGUUUAGGGGUCUUUUAAAGACCAUACGUGGGGGAUAUUUAAAAAUGGGUUUCAUUUGUGGGUCAGUAUCAAUAAUGUACCAUCCUGAUAAUGUCCUUAAAUGCCUUCCCCAAUGGUGAGUAUUGAGUGAAGCAUGAGGGGACAUGUUCUGCUUUUUCUUUAACUUUUGGUUGGUGGCUUUCCAACUGUGUUAGUCCUUCAAAACGAUCAUUGGCAUGUUUUACCCAAUUGUCUUUGUACCCCCUUUCCUUAAACCUUUGUGUGAGGUCCGUGGUCUGUUUCUGAUAAGCAUCAGAGCUGCAUAUUCUUCUGAUGCGACUGAAUUGACUUAUAGGGAGACUUUUAAUAAGUGGACGUGGAUGAAAGCUGUCACCUCUAAGGAGGGUGUUCCUGUCUGUAGGUAUCCUAUAGAGAUCUGUAGAGAGGGAGGUUUUGUCCUUAAUAACCAUCACAUCAAGAAAACUGAUUUGUGAUAGGUUAAAGUUAUUGGUGAAAUGAAGGUGUUCAUUCAUAGUUUAGAUAAGCAUGGAAUUCCAAAAGUUAUUCCUGGGUCCCUGUAUAAAUCACGAAAAUGUCAUCCAAAUAUCUCAGAAUUCUGAGAAUAUUGGAGAGAAAAGGGUUAAGGUCUGGAUUCAGCACCACCUGUUUUUCAAACAUUCCUAGAUAUAGGUUAGCAUAAUUAGGAGCCAUAGUGCUCCCCAUCGCUGUCCCUUUGGUCUGGAGGAAAAAGUCUCCUCUGAAGAGAAAAUAGUUGGAGGUUACUACCAGUUCAGCCAAGUCCACAAUACAAUUGGUGCUGGGAAGAGCAUUAGAGGGACGUUCACUGAGGUUGAACUUGAGGGCCUCUAGGCCACCCUGAUGGGGGAUGUUAGUAUAUAGACUGGUAACAUCAAAAGUGCACAGAAUAUAAUUUUCAGGUAUAUGGUCCACAGAUUUAAAAACAUUUAUAAAAUCAAUAGUCUCUAGUAUAUGUGGGGAGGGAGAUCGCCCAGGGUUUCACAACAUGGUUUACAAAGGUACAGAUAUUCUCUGUCAGAGAUCCGUUACUACUCACAAUGGGCCUGCCUGGUAUAUAGGUGGCGUCAUGCUCUUGUGAAUUUUUGGGAGAGCGUAUAUGACAGUUGUGGUUGGACAGUCAACUUUCAUAUACUCAUAUUCUGUCUUUGUAAUUUCCCCUUCAUAAUGUGACAGGACUUGGAGAACUACAUUUUAGAGCUGAUCCCAACGCUCCCUCAGCUGGAUGGCCUGGAGAAGUCUUUCUAUUCCUUCUAUGUCUGCACUGCUGUCCGCAAGUUUUUCUUCUUCCUGGAUCCCCUACGGACUGGUUUGUUACAUAUAUAAUAACUAACCAAAAACAUGAUUGUCAAAUGUGCAGACUUCUGUAAGAUUCUGAUUAGUGAUCUUCAUGCCUAUAACUUGUUUGUCUGUGCCCACUCUGACAAAAUAACAUCUUGUUCCAUUUAUUCAUGUUUAUUUUCAGGGAAGAUUAAGAUUCAAGACAUCUUGGCCUGCAGCUUUUUGGAUGAUCUGCUCGAGCUGAGAGAUGAGGAGCUUUCCAAGGAGAGCCAGGAAUCCAACUGGUUCUCUGCACCCUCUGCUCUUAGAGUUUAUGGUACGCAGCAGCAUUUGAUAAAAAAAAUGGCCUAAUAGACAUUAGGCUAAUCUGAAGCCGGUAACACCUGAAUGUUAAAAUAAAAAAGAGAUACUAGAUGAUCUUUGUCCUUGCUGUCUUGGUAAGAUGGUCGAUCCUGUGUUCCCUUUUGCAGGUCAGUACCUGAAUCUUGAUAAGGACCACAACGGCAUGCUCAGUAAGGAGGAGCUGUCUCGCUACGGCACUGGCACUCUGACCAGCGUCUUUCUGGACCGCGUGUACCAGGAGUGCCUCACCUACGACGGAGAGAUGGUAAAAACCUUGCCUGCUGUUCUGACCCAUUUUACUAUACAUGUAAGCACUUAGAAUAUAUGAUUGAUGUCGGUGUGUUGCAAAGACUCUCCUUGCAGGUUUAUAGAUCUUUGUUUGUCUACAGUUGAAAUAGUUUAACCAAAUAAGAUUACUUUGAACUGUAUGAAACAAUCAAAAACCCACUCUUCCUCAGAAUUGCACAGAUACCACGUGGCGUAAGACUAUUAUCACAUAAUAGUCGUUCUAAGAUUUCAUCAAAGGACACAGUAAAUGUGAAAUGUGUUUUGACCUGAUUUGAUGCUAAAUCUGGUCUUGACUCUGUGUCUCUCCCAGGACUAUAAGACAUACCUGGACUUUGUCCUGGCUCUGGAGAACAGGAAGGAGCCUGCAGCGCUGCAGUACAUCUUCAAGCUGCUGGACAUGGAGAACAAGGGCUACCUCAACGUCUUCGCUCUCAACUACUUCUUCAGGGUGAGACAUCGGAGGAAUAAAUAGAGACAGCAGAGUAGACAGUGGGACCUCUCCAUCUGCUAUCCUGCUCACUGAAUAAAACGUGUUGUCAUGGGCCUCCCGAGUGGCGCAGCAGUCUAAGGCACUGCAUUGCAUUGCUGAGGCGUCACUACAGAAUCGUGUUCGAUCCCAGACUGUGUCACAGCCGGCCGUGACCGGGAGACCCAUGAGGAGGCGCACAAUUGGCCCAGCAUCGUCCAGGUUAGGGGAGGAUUUGACCGGCUGGGAUGUCCUUGUCUCAUCAUGCUCUAGCGACUCCUUGCGGCGGGCCGGGCGCCUGCAGGCUGACUUCGGUCGUCAGUUGGACGGUGUUUCCUCCGACACAUUGGUGCGGCUGGCUUCUGGGUUAAGCGAGCUGUGUGUCAAGAAGCAGUGCGGCUUGGCAGGGUCAUGUUUCGAAGGACGCAUGGCUCUCGAUCCUUCGCCUCUCCCGAGUCCAUAGGGGAGACUGUAACUACCAAUUGGAUACCACGAAAUUGGGGAGAAAAAGGGAUUACAUUUACAUCUACUUUUUUUGUGAACAAUUGUUUUUUAUUAAGUCACUUUAUCAAAACAAUCAAUGAGAAUAAUAAUAAUUGAUCUACAUCUGAAAACUGUUGUAACAUUGCAUCAUGUAUUUUCCACCAGGCCAUUCAGGAGCAGAUGAAAAUCCAUGGCCAGGAGUCAGUAUCCUUCCAGGAUGUCAAGGUAAAUAGACUUUGUCCCGUUACCGUAUUCACCAUGGAGGAAGUAACUCUGAAGUAUACUACUGGUUACUGUAAAAUCAGCUUGAAGUAUCCAUUUCAUCCAGAAAUAUUGUGGGGUUAGAGUGUGGGUGUCAAGCAUUUCUAUGGAGUUAACCAGAAGGUAUAGUGCUCAGUAGGUGUUCAGUGCUGCUGCCCUUGUUUCCCCAAGCUCUAUUCUGAGUUUGUUGAUACAAAUGUUACAUUGAUUCAAAUUUGUCAUGCCAUAAAAUCUAAGUUCCCUGACCGCUUUUUACAGUCUCAAACUCCAUUCUCAUUUGUACUAGUAGGGAUUUUGUUUUUAAAACUGGAAUCUUUAAUGGUGAAACUGCCACGUCCAUUUGCGAUAUUACAACAAGAAGUUACUGCAAACAAAGAACCGUUUUUUCCCUCAGACAUCAUUGCAUGCGUGAUAGAACAGCAGCAUAUGUACUGACAUUUCUUUUACCAUGAUGCGUGACACUCCCCAGCUCUGCUUCAACAAAACAAAAACACUAACAAUGGCCAUGGGGCGGACAGUGGCGCUGUUUACCCCACUGUGGAUUCCAUCUUUAAUAAUGAUUUCAAUAAUUCACUCAAUGAUUUUAAUAAGUCGUUUUGAAAAAAGUUGCAAUGUUGUGCCUUCAGGAUGAGAUCUUUGACAUGGUGAAGCCAAAGGAUCCCUACAAGAUCACGUUGCAGGAUCUAGUGAACAGCAGCCAAGGAGACACAGUAACCAGCAUCCUCAUUGAUCUCAACGGAUUCUGGACUUAUGAAAACAGGGAAGUUCUGGUUGCUAACGACAACGACAGCAACACAGCUGACCUUGACGAUACAUGA